AAUAGGUUUCGAUUGCAGUGACCCAGUGGUUUUAAAUUGUAGCCAUAAUACUUUCAUUUAAGUUCAAUAUUUAAUGACCAAGUCAACCCCUCUUCUUACACUUAAGUCAAGGUUUGUGAUACGAGUCUUGAUUUUAAAUAUAAUAUAAAUAAAUAGACUACAUUAAUAUGUACACUUCCAAAAUUAACAAAUCCCGGGCCAUUAUAUACUCUAGAAAAAGAGCCAGAGCCCAGUGCAGAGCAACAAUUGAAUGUGGGCGUAUUUCCUUCUACAGAAGACAGCGUUUGAAAUAAAGAGACAACACUUUUUGCUGAGCCAAAGUCCAAGCUAUCUCUCCCCCUCACAUUUUUUUGAGUUGCUCAAAUUAGCCCUCCUUGGAUGAACCUCACGCCUUGCAAACACAUUUAAUGUAUAAGACACCGUAAGUGCAUUAGCCUAAUCCAUCCCACAAGGCUUGCUCUGCUCAAAGCAUUUCAGUGAGCGCAUGGUGGAGGAGCAUAGCUGAAGAUGGAGCUGCACACACAAGACCUCCAAUCCUGUCUUUGACGGAAAUUAAGAUACUGCCAAAUAUCGAAUUAUUUGGAGGACUGGUUGAGGACAAUGUUGAGAUUCAGUUUGCAAGUGUGGAUGUUAUUGUUGCUUCAUCCAGGGACUUUCUCUGAUGAAGACAUCCGCGGGUGUCAACAGCUGCCAUGCCAAAACGGCGGUGUAUGUGAGAGCCACAACGGAGCUUUCAGAUGCCUUUGCUCCCAACAGCGCCAAAAUGGGCGCCUAUACGGAGGAGAAAACUGCUCAACUGCACUUUCCGCGUGUGACGACAACCAAUGUGAGAAUGGAGGAGUAUGCUCCCCCUCGCUUGUCAACGAUCAGCACGCGUGCCUCUGCCUUCCUGGCUUCGCGGGCCCUCGAUGCCAAACGCCCACCGUCUUCUCAUUGGAGUCCCGAGGCUUCAUGUACGUAGAGACUCAGCUUCUAGACCAAGGCGUUCCUCUCAAUGUGACAUUCAGCUUCAGGACGGCGAGACCGGUCGGCACCCUCUUGCAGCGCCGAGUGGACGACUUGCUCCUCAGCAUCGAGCUGACGGAUGGGCACCUCUCCCUCCGCAGCCUGAGAGGCCAAGGCUCCAGCACACUGGUCCAGGAGCUGCCGGAGCACUUGUCCGGCAACAAGUGGCACACGGUGGAAGCAUCUCUGGGUGGCGUGGUCAGCCUCAUCCGGUUGCUCUGCACCGAAGGAAACUGCACCAGAGACCACAGCGCUAAAGUCCAGCUGCUCGAGCCCGCCUCGGCUCUCCCAGAGGCGGGAGCAGUUCGUCAAAGCCUCUUCAUAGGAGCAGUCGGCGGGAGCCGGGCUUCGGCCAGAGCAGCCGGUGAAGCAGGCUACCCAUCUUCUUUCCUGGGCUGCUUCAGAGAUGUGUUUGUGGACUCGCGCCUUGUGUGGCCUGCCGUGUCAGCGGAGGCUUCAGACGUCCAGGAAAACAUCACGGCGGGGUGCAGCGACAAAGACAAGUGCGAGGACGGCCCGUGUCAGAACCGAGGGCGCUGUGUCAGCCGGGGCUGGAGGAGCUACAGGUGCGAGUGCCACAGGCCCUAUGAGGGAACCAACUGUGAAGAUGAGUACAUAACAGCCAGGUUUGGAAAUAAAGACCUGGAGAGCUAUGCUGUCUUCUCAUUGGACGAUGACCCAAAUGAUGCCGUGACCAUAUCCAUGUUCAUUCGCACCAGACAGGCCAGCGGGAUUCUCCUCAUUCUGGCCAAUAGCACAAGCCAGUACCUCCGCCUGUGGCAGGAAGAGGGAAGGGUCAAAGUUCAAGUCAACAACUUUGAGACCCUCAUUGGUCGAGGUGCGGUCAAUGACGGCCAUUUCCAUUUGGUGACUGUGAAGCUGGAAGGAAUGGCAGCCGUGUUGAUCCAGUCAGCCCAGAGCCGGGGCUCUAUGCCCAUCAGGCCCAUCCGAACGCAUCCCGGGGAUCUGGUUUUUGUCGGGGGGCUACUAGACGCGAGGGCCUCUGCCUCAUUUGGUGGCUACUUCAAAGGGUGCGUUCAGGAUCUGAGGAUAAACAGCAAGCCGCUGCAGUUCUAUCCCAUUGCAACUCCAGUGGAAUCCUACAGCCUGGAGCGCCUCGUCAACGUUGCGCGAGGAUGCAGCAGUGAGAAUGCCUGCGCUGUCAACCCAUGUCUCAACAGGGGAGUGUGUUACUCCAUGUGGGACGAUUUCAUCUGUAACUGCCCCCCCAACACUGCAGGGCAGCGGUGCGAGGAGGUGUUAUGGUGUGAGCUGUCUCCCUGCCCCGCCAUGGCUGUUUGUCAGCCCCUCUCGCAGGGCUUUGAAUGUUUGUCCAAUGUGACAUUUAGUGUUGAAAGCAGUGUUUUGCACUACCAAACCAACGGGCAGAUUAAGCGCGGCCUCCGCAGCGUCUCCCUCCGCUUCCGCACAAGACAGGCCUCAGCCACCUUAAUACACGCGCAGAGGGACUCCGACUACCUCACCGUCUCCCUCCUCAACGCCCAUGUGGUCAUGGAGCUCCAGUCGGGGGCCGGCAAAGAUCUCCACAAGGCAACAGUUCAGAGCAAGGGUCUAAUCAGGGACGGCGAGUGGCACACUUUGGCGCUCAGCAUGGAGAACCAGACGCUCUCAACACUCCAGGUGGAUCUUGACUGUGGACGGAGAGGAGAAGGAGCGGGGCGUGUCCACAACAGCUGCAGGCAACCUGGAUUUUAUCAGGGAGAGAGCAGACAUUUUCCUUGGAGGACUGAGCGUGGACACCGGAGUGAACCUAACCGGCUGCCUGGGCCCAGUGGAGAUUGGAGGCCUCGCCCUCCCUUUCUACUUGAACACUGAGUUGAAGCUCCCCAGACCUCAGGGAGAGAAGUUUGCGAGGACAAACGCCGGCCGUGAGCCACGGCACGGCUGCUGGGGAGCCAGCGUGUGCGCACCAAACCCUUGUAACAACCAGGGCGUGUGUGAGGACUUGUUUGACCUGCACCGCUGCACAUGUUCCUCUGAGUGGACGGGUCCACUCUGUCAACAUCCAACGGACAGCUGCUUCUCCAGCCCUUGCGUCUUCGGCCACUGCACCAACGUGCCCGGGGCGUUCGAGUGUGCGUGUGAGCCGGGGUUCAGCGGGGAACGGUGUGAGGUGGAAGUUGAUAUGUGUGAAUACAGCAGAUGCAGCCAAGGCGCCUCGUGCCUUAGAGGUUUCAAAAGCUACGCGUGUCUCUGCCCUCAGAAUCUGACCGGAGAAUACUGCGAGAAGAAGAUUCCUGAAGUCCCGUGGUACAUUGAGACCAAUCCACUCCCUCAGUUGCCUGUAUCUACAUGCACGGGUACAAGAUGGGAUUACAGCUGUUUCAAUGGAGGAAAUUGCUCGGAAGCAGACGACAGCUGUUUCUGCCCGUCCGGUUUCACAGGACAGUGGUGUGAGAAGGAUGUGGAUGAAUGUGUCUCGGACCCAUGUAUGAACGGAGGCUUCUGCAUCAACUAUGUCAACAGUUUUGAGUGCGUGUGUGAUAUGAAUUACUCAGGAGUACACUGCCAAAUUGACGUCAGUGACUUCUACCUGUACCUCUUCUUGGGCCUGUGGCAGAACCUCUUCCAGCUGGUGUCCUACCUUGUGAUACGCCUCGACGAUGAUCCAGAAAUUGAUUGGGGAUUCUACAUCAAUGAUUAGGGCCCUGACUCAAGAAUGAUCAAAUUGGACUACACUUGGUCAGGGUAGAGAUUGAAAUUGGAGUGUAUUUGAAAUAUAGUGCCCAGUGAUACGUGAUCAGGAUCUAGUAUCAAGGUACAUCAGCCAGACUGAUACUUUAUACUUAUAUAACAGAGCCAGAUGAUCGAUCGGUCAAUUCAGAUUUCUUUCUCUCAAAGUCAAACCCAUGAAGGUCAGAAUUCUCCAGUAGCAAAGAGGCACACAUGCAGUAUACAUUGUGUAAAACUAUAUUCUAUUAUCUCUAGUGUGCUGAUGAGGCCACUUUUAGAAAUGAGUCUCUUGUGAACAGAUGUGUUUGCUAAUGAAUAUGAAUUGAUCAAUACAGUAUAUAUGGAAGCAUAUGUAUUAAUUUGAAUUUCCAUAGUCACUGUCUUGUGCCUUAAGUUUCCACUUUUUAUAUAUGGAGUACAGCUUUCUUAUCAGUAUGUGCUCAAAUGUCCUCAACGGGACACAUUCAUUCCGUUAUGAUCUACUAGAUAUGAAUAAAACACUGGUCCAUUGCUAGGAAUUUGUUUUUACACAUUUUUAUGUACCCUAGUAUAAUGUGCAAAGGCUGUUCUGCAUGCGGUGAAGUGAAAAUAUAAACGUGUUGUGUAAUUUUGCAAACUGUCUUGAUUUAUUUACAACUUCAUUAACAGAAUUCCACUGUGCAAAUAAAUACGAAUGUAUCAUAUGGAUCGCUCACAUUUUCUUUACAAAGUACAAUAGCCUCCAUUCAUUUAUCUGGUGCAUACAGGUAAACUAUGAUGCAAACAAAUGACCAAAGAAAAAUAGAGUAAAAAAAAAA